AUGCUCUUCUCACGAGAUUUCAUCACCACCGUUCUGGCUCUGGCCUUCUCUGCGACGCGUGCCGAGGCUGCCAUCGCGAUCGUGAUGUGGGUUGAUGGAGGAGACCCCUGCCGCUGGACAAUCAUCAACAACCGACCUGCGAACCCAUGCAAUGUUCAUCUUGCCAACCCGCUCACCAACUGGUUCAAGUACGUGCUUCAAGGCUACGGCGGCUCUCUGUGGCUGAACAAUGAUUAUGGUUCCUUCAAUAGCUAUUGCCAUGACGCGCCGGCCAACCUUGCCUGCGGCGUGCGCCGGGAGUGGGUUUGCUGCUAA